AUGCGUCAUGCCUUAGUUGCUGCCAUCGUUCUUUUCAGUUGUGAAAUCGUGAUGUCCGUAAUGACUGGUGGAAUUACUGAACAGGAUCCAUCGAAGCCGGAGCAUAUGGAGACUGCCUGGAAGGCUGUCAGACAUAUCAACGACGAGGCGUCGAACAACGGACCUCAUUAUUUUGUGCCAAUUAAGGUCCUUAAAGCCUCGACUCAAGUCGUCGCUGGCCUCAGCACCAAGUUGGAGGUGCUCGCCGGAGAAUCCGCGUGCAAGAAGGGCGAUCUUCAAGCGCAUGAGAUCACCAAGUCGAAUUGCAAUUUGAAGGAUGGAGGCUGUCGCGCGAUCUACGCCGUCAGCCUCUGGGAGAAGCCGUGGGAGAACUUCGAGCAGUUCAACGUCAAGAAGAUUCGUGACGUCGCGCCUCAUGAGACUUUCUAA